AUGCAGGAGGUGGAAAGUAUUUCCGUUCCCAGGUGUAAGGAAUAUUUGAACGCUGAUGGUUUGACUGCUAGGGAAUUGUUUACAAAUAACCACAUAGACCUAAAGAACGGAGGAGAAAAAUGGAUGAAGGGCACAGCAACUUCUUGCACAGUGGUAGGCGCUCUCAUUGUUACUAUUAUGUUUGCUGCAGCCUUUACUGUUCCAGGUGGUAACAAUCAAGAUUCUGGCUUCCCUAUCUUCUUAGAUGAAAGAUUGUUCAUGCUCUUUAUAAUAUCCGAUGCCUUGUCGCUAUUUUCCUCUACAACUUCAGUCGUGAUGUUUUUGGGAAUCCUAACAUCACGCUAUGCAGAAGACGAUUUCCUUGAAUCCUUGCCAAGAAAGAUGAUCAUAGGACUUUCCACACUUUUCUUUUCCAUUGCAACCAUGAUGAUAGUAUUUUCUACUGCUCUUUUAAUUAUGCUACAAGGACAAUAUUCAUGGAUAAUCAUUCCUGUCAUUUGUUUGGCUAUUGUACCUGUCGCCUUAUUUGUAUUGAUGCAAUUUCCCCUUCUUGUUGACAUGUUCAAGUCAACUUACGGACGAGGCAUCUUUGAUAAGAAAAUGGAGAGGUGGGUAUAACUUUAUUCAU